CCCCCUCCCGACCCGGCGCCGCCAUCUUGGUUGGUUUGGAGGUCGGCGGGAGGAGAGAGGAGAGAGAUAGAGCAAAACACCGGCGCCCUCGGCACCAGCUCCUCCACACACACCACACCAUGUUGGCCCGCGCCGCCAUCGCCUCCGGGUCUUUUCUGAAGACAUCGGCCCCGAUCAGCACAAGUUUUGUGGCGAUAAGCAGGAGUUUCCAUGGCAGCAGUCAGAGCCGGGCACCGUUGCCCCCUCUUCCCGAGGAAGGAGGCAAGGUCCGCUUUGGUCUCAUUCCAGAGGAAUUCUUCCACUUCCUUUACCCCAAAACUGGAGUGACAGGCCCGUACAUGUUCGGCACCGGGCUGCUGACUUACCUCCUGUCAAAGGAGAUUUACGUCGUCAACCACGAGACCUUUGUUGCCGUCUCCAUCGGUAUUCUCAUCCUCUACGGUGUUAAGAAGUUUGGGAAGGAUGUGGGGAAAUUUGCUGACUCGUUGAAUGAGGAAAAGGUACAGACGGCCCAAAAAGUGAAGGAGCUCGCUCUAACCGGCCUGGCCGAUGCCAUUGAACAGGAGAACAAAGAGCAGUGGAGAAUCGACGGGCGCCACCACCUCUUCGAUGCCAAGCGGAAUAACGUGGCCAUGAUGCUGGAAAACAACCACCGCGAGCGUCUACACAUGGUGUACGAUUCAGUGAAGAAGCGGCUGGACUACCAGGUGGGCCUACAGCACCUGGAGCGCAGGCUGGCACAGGAGCACAUGGUCAACUGGGUGGAGAAGAGUGUGAUCCACAGUAUCACACCGCAGCAGGAGAAGGAGAGCAUCGCCAAGUGUAUCGCUGACCUCAAAGUGCUGUCGAAGAAUGCUCCAGCAACCGCCUAAUCCCGUUCACAAUUACUAUCCACGUAGUGAACCUAUUGUCCACCUGUAACCUUGACAACAAUCUAAUGUCCCAAUGAACCGCGUUGAGUGAAAUGUUCUUGUAGACCACAGAAGAUUCAUUAAAUGCGGCGAUGAUCAAUCUC